GCCACCGAUCCAACUGCAGCCAGUGUUUGCAAAGUCAGUGGUCGUACGCGCGUGUCUAGGAGCCUCCACUUCGGAGAUCAAAAUGCGGAUACUUCUGCUAUGUGCCUUUUUGGGGGCGACUUUGGCCCGAGAAAAUGACUGGCAGCCAAUAGUUCCAGAAUCUUCGAUAGCUUAUUCUACAUAUGUAAAAUCUCCGGAAAGGUCAAUAGAAAGUCGCUCUUCCUUAAAAAUACUAAAUCGAAGACCACCACACAAGUACUUUGUAAAACCGAGCGGCCUUAUCAAUGUGGCGCCAGCUCUCGAGCAAGAAACGUGCAGUGCAUACAAGGUCUCCAUGAAUCAAGAGCUGGACUACCAGUACUUGGAGUACGCCAGCGACCUCAGAGAUUUAAAAGAGUUUACGCUCUGCCUGUGGUCCAAAUUCCACAAUCAUUCUGAUGAUCAUCCUCUGUUUUCGUACUCUGUACCUAACAGCCCAAAAGAGAUAGCAGCCUGGAUCUCCAACACCAAUGAAGCGAGUUACUUCAGUCUGGCUGUACAUGGGCAGACAUUCUUCAGACUCAAUUAUCCACUGAAGUUGAAUACAUGGUACCACUCGUGUCAAUCAUGGAAUGGGAAGACUGGUGAAUGGCAGAUAUGGGUGAACGCUGAGAGGGUGGGUCGAGGCUUCCACAACAGGCUCGUUGGCCAUAUUAUAAAGGGAGGUGGUAUUGCUGUGACUGGACAGGAUCAGUCUUUAUUAUAUAGCAAAGACGGUUUGACACCUGUACUCAACCAAGCAGGUUUAAUGGGAGAAGUAACAAUGCUACAACUGUACCACGUCGCACUGACUGCUGGCAAAGCCCACAAAGACCACAAGCACCACCACGCACACCAUUUCAAACACGAUGGUACUCCAUUGGAGACUUCUACUGAACCAGUCACCGAGCCCCCGCCGCCGCAAGCCACUCCCAUUGGAAACGGAAACUUCUUGAUUGGAGGCCAAAUACAGAGAGUCCCGAACUUGAACCUAGCUGGUGUACAACAACAAAUGAUCCCUGUUCAAUUGCCGAACGGUGUUCAAAUUCAACAGCCAUAUAUUAACGGUCAGCUGGGAACUAGAAUAGUGUCUGAACAACUGAUUAACAGCAUCCAGCAAAUACCUAGUGACCAAAGUACUGUUCAGCUACCGCUAUUGUCUGUGGGACAACCUUCAAGGCCAGCUACACAAUUCGUUCAGGCUCAAUCCUUGGGACCGUCUAAGGGCACUACUGUGUUACUAUCAGGGUCGUUAUUGAAUCCAGCUAAUGUACAAUAUAUUGAUGAUUCAGUUUCGCAUAACAUUUACAAGAGGGAUUCCAAGAAGCGUGAUAAAAGAGACAACCCUGAGAAGGAAUUAGCAGAAGAAACAAAACCAGCAAAGAAAGAUAAGCGAGGUCUGGUAGCUUUGUCCGAUGGUUCUAUCGUCGACGAGGCAUUACUGAGCCCAGAAUUGGGCGACGAUGAUAAGGAUGAAGAAUUGUUCCAACAGUCUCUCCUGAGUGGUCUCGCCGGCGUCGUUGGAAACUUACCGGUGCAGAAUUUACAGAAACAAACGGUUGAUGAAAGAGAACCAGCGGAAGCUGAGGUUAAAGCCGUAAUGCAAGUUUGCAGUGGUUGUGCCCCAGAGCCUUUCCAGAAAGCCCUCGUCCUCUCGUGGAGGUCUACGCCUAAGAAACUUUACAACGGGGCACACUAUUAUAAAGGUUUGCCUAUAUGUAAAGCGUUCUAAGUUUAAAACGUAGUUCGUUUAAAUUAAUUAACAUUUUCGAAUGCUUAAAUUAAAAAAAGCACACAGUUGGUAAUUACCAACGUUCCUUUUCUGAGGACCUUUGUCUCAAUUGCCUUUGCCACAAAAACUAUAUUAAGAGACUUACAUACGACCUGAUUAUUUAAUAAAAUGUGUACAUUAAUUUGAAAUACUGUUAAAUUAAAUUAAAUAGAGGCUGCUAGUUUAAACAAACAUCAAGAGUACCUACCGUUAUUAUUUGUUUGUGAAAUUAGUCAUUUACAUUCGAUUAUUAUGAACUUGCCAAUGCGAGUUACAGUUAUUUAUUGUAGUAGUAAGUGCCUACGCUAAAACGGUUACUUAUGUUGCGUUUUAAUAUUAGUUAUAAGAUUAUAUUUGAUUUUUACAGAUU